AUGAAAUGGAAGGAAAUAUGGCUGGGCCUUGCAGCCCUUACCACAGCAAUAACACUCAACCACGAGUACGAAUUCAAGCCCGUCUCCGUCUCCGGUGGAGGCUACAUUACGGGUAUAGUCGGGCACCCGAGAGAGAAAAACCUCCUAUACACACGCACAGAUAUCGGCGGCACAUAUCGGUGGGACGCAGACUCAGCCCGCUGGAUCCCAUUGAACGACUUCAUUAGCGGCGCUGACGAGAACCUGAUGGGCACCGAGAGUAUAGCGCUGGACCCCACGGAUCCGAACCGGUUGUAUCUAGCGCAGGGCCGGUACCUGAGUUCGAAUAAUAGUGCGUUUUUUGUAUCCGAGGACCGCGGGAAGACGUUUGAUGUUUACCCGGCGCCGUUUGAAAUGGGGGCGAAUGAGUUGGGAAGAAACAAUGGGGAGAGAUUGGCAAUUAAUCCGUUUAAUACGGAGGAGCUUUGGAUGGGGACGAGGACGGCAGGGUUGAUGAGGAGUGGGGAUAGAGCGCGGACGUGGACGAACAUGACGAGUUUUCCGGAUGCUGCUACUAAUGGGAAUGGGAUUUAUUUUGUUAUCUUUGAUCCGAUGAAUGAGGGGACUGUCUAUGUUGGUGUUGGGGUGCCGAAUGGGCUCUACUACACCAAGAACUCGGGGAAGACUUGGGGGUCUGUUCCUGGCCAGCCAGCGGUGUGGGAUGAUGGUGUUUUGGUAUUUCCAGAUGAGGCACAGCCUCAGAGCACUGGGCCGCAGCCUAUGAAGGCUGUUCUGGCAUCAAAUGGUGCGUUAUACGUGACAUUUGCUGAUGCGCCUGGUCCGUAUGGUGUCACCUAUGGGGGGGUAUAUGUUUACAACACUACUUCGUCUGAGUGGGCUAAUAUCACACCGAACGCCAAUAAUUCGUACCCGGCCCCAUUUGCCAACCAGACAUUCCCGGCCGGAGGGUUCUGUGGGAUUAGCGUUGACUUAAAGGAUCCAGAUACCCUCGUGGUGAUAUCCCUGGAUCGUGAUCCUGGCCCAGCUCUGGACAGCAUAUAUCUCUCUCAUGACGGCGGAAGAUCUUGGAAAGACGUAUCACAACUUUCGACGCCAUCAGGUUCAGGCGGGUUCUGGGGCCAUCCAAUUGGAGAGGCCGCAUUCAAAGACGGCACCGCUGUUCCCUGGCUAAGCUUCAACUGGGGUCCUCAAUGGGGUGGCUAUGGUGCACCCUCACCGAUUCCCGGGCUGACGAAGUUCGGGUGGUGGAUGACGGCCGUACUCAUUGACCCUAGAGACUCUGACCAUUUGCUGUAUGGAACUGGAGCUACCAUCUGGGCGACCGACAACCUGUCUAGUGCUGAUGGAAACAAGCCCCCAGACUGGUAUGUCCAGGCCCAAGGCAUAGAGGAGUCUGUUGCACUAGCCAUGGCGAGUCCAAACGGCGGAGACUCCCACCUUCUAACGGGACUGGGUGACAUCAAUGGGUAUAGAUAUGGCGAUCUCGACAUCCCCCAGCCAAUGUUCGACCUACCGGUGUUUUCGAACUUGAACGCCCUCGACUGGGCCGGUCAGAAACCGAGUAAUAUUAUCCGUGCUGGUCCUUGUGGACAUAAUUAUACUGACGGCUGCGGGCUUGCUGCAUACUCAGCGGACGGCGGCAGUUCUUGGACAAAGUUUGCCACUUGCAUCCCUGGAAUUGAGAGCGACUCUUCGAAUCCAGGGACCAUAGCCAUCGAUGCUUCGGGAGAGCAUAUUGUUUGGUCUUCCGCGAUGACGACGUACUGGUCGACCCUGCAAGCAAUCACGCCGCGAUCCAAUGAAUCCGGUCCAUAUGCCACAGACGACCUAGGGCGGACUUGGGUGUCUCCAACCGGAUUAAAUACCCAGACACCUAAUAUUAGUGCCGAUAGGGUCCAGCCGAGAACAUUCUACUCUUUCACUGAUGGGGUGUGGUAUAUAAGCAGGGAUGGUGGCCUCUCGUACCACGCUUUCCAGGCCACAGAUGUUGGGCUACCAGAGUACCCUGGUGGGGUGCCGAUUGCAAAUUUCAACAGAGCAGGUGAAAUAUGGCUUGCGCUUGGCGACUUAGGGAUUUAUCAUACCCGUAAUUCUGGAAUGAGAUGGACCAAGAUCACUGGGCGUGGCGUAACGGCAAGGCAGUUAACAAUUGGUGCUGGCGCGCAUCGUUCCUCGAAACCAGCGCUGUUCCUUCUCGGGAAAAUCGCAACUAAGGGGCCUUAUAGCAAAGAUGGGGUAUAUCGAUCGGAUGAUAAUGGGAAGACUUGGGCACGGAUCAAUGACGAGAAGCACCAAUAUGGUGGAGUUGGUAUGGUUCAGGGAGAUCCUCGGGUGUAUGGACGUGUUUACCUGGGUACUGGAGGCCGUGGUAUCAUCUAUGCUGAUAUCAAGGAAAGCUAG